AUGUUUAGUAGAGUGGCCAUUCGCUCACGCAAUGCUCUGGCAAGGAAGCCGUUAGCCCGGUUGUCUGUACAGCCAUUCUUUCUCCCUCUACGUUCGUCACUAUGCUUGUCGAGUCUUGGUGCGAAACGCCUCUCUUCAACCGAGGCAUCUUCUACUGCACACGACCAACAUGACUUGAUCCAACGCAAGCAGAACGACACCAAGCAAAAGACACUGAAGCUACCUCUGUCAUGCCCAGGCUGUGGCGCUCCUAGUCAGACGGUCGCUCCCGAGGAAGCUGGUUUCUACAACUUGAGUAGGUCUGCCAUCAGGAAGUUUGUUCAGGAUGAUGCCAAAAAGGAGGAUCUUGUCUUCCAGGCAACUCUGGACAAGGUUGACAACAAGGUCCUGCAAGAGCUGGGUCUCGACAGCGGAGCCCUUGCUGCCCAGGAACACCCACAAAAGCAGACUCCCAUCUGCGACCGAUGCCACAACCUCUUGCACCAUCAUACCGGUGUUCCCAUCUUCCACCCUUCUAUCGACAGCAUCCGUAGCAUAAUCGAAGACUCUCCCCACAAGAACAACCACAUCUACCACAUCAUCGAUGCCGCAGACUUUCCCAUGUCGCUGAUCCCCGACCUUCUGAACCGCCUCGAUCUUCCUUCUCUGCGCACUCAAAAUCGCCGUUCCAAGCACAAANAAUACGUCCGCGAUCGCGUUGCCGACGUCUCCUUUAUCGUCACUCGCUCCGAUCUCCUUGCCCCGAAUAAGGAACAGGUCGACAGUCUGAUGCCAUAUCUUCGUGAGACGCUUCGUGACGCUCUUGGUCGCACCGGAAGGAAUGUCAGACUGGGCAACAUGCGAUGUGUGAGCGCAAAGCGUGGCUGGUGGACAAAGCAGGUCAAGGAAGACAUCUGGGAAAGAGGUGGUGCUGCUUGGAUGGUUGGCAAAGUCAAUGUGGGCAAGAGUAAUCUGUUCGAGGUUGCCUUCCCUAAGGGUAGGGUGCAAGAGAAGCUUCCUACGCCGCAGCCUAUGCAUGUGCAGCUAGAGUCAGACACUCCGUCAGUUCCUGCAGACUCCACCGAGUCUCUUUCCGACUUGCCCGAUGUUCAGGAUGCAGGCGUUACUGCUGCCGACUCGACAGGCAGUGCUUCUGAUAAUGCUCCGGCUGAGCCUCAACUAGAAGCGGUUGAUCAGGAUGAGCCAGACGUAUUUGACGUGGAAGAAGGUUCACUACUCCCUCCUGCUCAAGUCGAGACACCCUACCCAGUCAUGCCUGUCAUAUCAUCUCUGCCUGGAACCACAGCUUCGCCCAUUCGCGUGCCCUUUGGUAGCGGAAAGGGUGAGCUCAUUGAUCUUCCCGGCGUUUCUCGAUCCAACCUCGAAGAGUUUGUUCUCCCUGAGCAUCAUCAGGACCUUGUCAUGCGUUCACGUGUAGUUCCUGAGCAGACGUCCAUCAAGCCUGGCCAGUCAUUAUUGCUAGGAGGCGGUCUUAUUCGCAUCACUCCCACGACGCCAGAUCUGGUUUUCUUGUCAUACACUUUCCUACCUUUACACCCUCACAUUACCUCUACCGAAAAGGCUGUGGCUAUCGAGAGCGGCGAAAGAGCCACUGGGCUACGCACCAUCAUGACCAAGGAAGCUCGCGAGAAUAUGGCAUCAGCAGGCACUUUCAAGCUCGAAUGGGAUGUCACGAGGCAACGUGCUGGCCCAUUGACUUCGAAGUCCGCCGCCAAGCUGAAGCCUGAGCAGCUGCCUUUCAUAGUCUACUCUGCAGACAUCUUGGUCGAAGGUGUUGGCUGGGUCGAGCUUGUCGCACAAGUACGAAAGUCGACCAAGAAUAAGCCUACCUACACGCCACCUUCGAGCAAGGCUACAGACACUAGCACAUUGCCCACUUCAUCGGAUUCCGAGACAACAACCUGGAAGCCAUUGGGCCCGCCCGAGGAGGAAAUUCCACAGAGUCUUUUCCCACAAGUCGAAGUGUUUUCACCAAAGGGUAAAUUCGUAGCUGUCAGACCCCCUAUGGUUGCUUCCUUACUAGGUGGUAAGAAAGCUUCGACAGCAAACACACGUAAAAGCAGACCCAGAUUGAGCAUGAAGAGUCUGAAAAACAGCCAGCGUGGUAGAGAAGCUCAGAAAGAGGGCUGA